CACAGCUACCCUAAAUCAUGGACGACGAUGAGUUGGCUGCUACGAUGAAAACAAAGAAGCAGAAGGGAGAACCAUCAUCGCCAGCAUCAACUCCAGUAAUUGCAGGUUGCAUGAUCCCGGAGGAACUGAUCCUCUGUGAAAUCCUCCUGCGGCUUCCUUACAAAUUGCUUUGCAGAUUCAAGUGCGUCUGCAAGAAGUGGAACAAUUUCAAGUUCCUCCCAAAUUACCAACUUGUCUCAGUUGGCAAAGACGACACGCUUGUGUACACAAUCACUACGUCUGGAAUCACGGUUUGCAAAUCGUAUCCCAACUCCUUCUUCCCUAAUGAUGAUUAUCGAGCUAGGCUCAUCAACUCUACCAAUGGCCUCCUCUGCCUUGAAUUGGAGAAUAAUACCAUCAACCAUAGAUUCUUAUAUGUUCACAAUCCUCUAACAAGCGAGGGCCGUGUCAUCCCUGACAGCAGUGAUCGUGUAAACUCCGUUGCUUUGGCUUUCGAGUCAAAAACCUCGUCUACAGACUACAAAAUCAUCCAUCCUGUCAAGCUCCGUUAUGAUCGCGAGAGUAGUGCAAGGCGUCGUCAUAUACUCACUUUUGGAUUUGAGAUCUUCUCAUCAAUCACUAGCAAGUGGGUUUCAACCAAUGCAAAAGUUACUAUCCGAGACUUCAUCAAGCUUGGGAAAUCCAUUUAUGUCAAAGGAGUUGUAUACUGGGAAUGCUCCAAUCAGUUGAUGUCAUUCAACAUUAAGGAAGAUGUUUGCACAAUCAUAACACUACCUGAAAAGGUAGCUGGCUUAAAUUUCAUUGAGAUGGGAGUGUGUAAGGAUCAACUGACAUACACGAAAAUAUGUGGAUUCUAUUUGCAAGUGUGGUUGUUGAACAACAAUGGCAAUUGGGAGCAGAUAUACAAAGUGAAUAUUCGUCAGAUGGUUGUGGAUAACGAGCACUUCUUUCUACCGUUGGGCCUGCUGCUGAUGAGGAAGAAUAAGGAGGUAGAAUGCCUGUUAUAUGAGAAAAAGUUGUUGCCUCUACCAUUUUAUGGUGGAGAUCAGAUGCUGUACAUGAGGGUGAGGGUCAGUCACAGUGAGCAGACAGUGAUUUCCUACAAUUUCAAGACACGAGACGUCUCCAGGGAUAUAGAAGAUCGAUGUGCAGGUCGGAUACUACCCUACAACACAUGAUAUCCAGUAUGCAUGUGUGCAUUCAUGCAUGUAUGUGCAAUUUUUUAUGUAUAGCAAACUUCAUAUGUUUGCUGUAUAUGCAAUAGUUGGCAAAUUACUCGUAUUUGCUCCCUGUCAUUGUGGAUGAAGUCCUUCAGUGAUUGCAGGUCAACCUCCCAAGGAAAAACAAGCUUCAUCCAUUGUGAUAAGCAUUGACCUUUUUU